AUGGAUAUCAAUCUGAACGCAGAGGCAGAUGAUCAUCGAGCCCCCCCUCUGAAGAGGAGGCGUGUACCGAUCGCCUGCAACUCAUGCCGCGUCAGGAAGUCGCGGUGCGAUGGCGACCAGCCGAGUUGCGGCAUGUGUAGAGAGAUCGGGGCAGAAUGUGCCUACAUGAGGACCCCUAUCAGGUCGUCAGACGAGAGCAAUGAAAUCCAGGAAUUGAAGGAUAGGCUGCAAGCCUUGGAGAGUUUGAUUCAUUCUGUGCCGACGGCAACUGCCCAGUUCAUGAGAACUCCUGCUGCAACUGGAUCGCAAGAAGGACUGUACCAAGCGGUCGAAGAGACAGAGCCGAAUCAACAAAGCCAAAGCGCACUCGCAUCUUCGAUUGAAGGCGUCUCUGUGAGCUCCCCAGCAGUUCAGCAGCCUGUCGAUGGCAUGGGGGCUGUGCUUCUGGAAAACGAAGAGCUUCUGACCUUUUUCGGACCCUCUUCCAAUAUAACGUUCACCCGUCACAUCACGCAGCUGAUUGCUCGUAUUGGUCAUCUCGCGAACCCGUGGUCGACCAUCAACAAUCUCGGGGUGCCAUUCCUGAGCACGUCCAACCCGCAAUCACGUUCCGCAACCCGUGAAGUGCACACAACGGAUCGAUUUGCCCUCCCGUCCGAAAGUCGAAUGGAUCAGCUCAUUGAGAAGUACUUCAGCCACACGGGCCUUGUGUUCCCAUUUUUACACAAGCCGUCGUUCCUGGGGUGCUACGCGCAAAUGAAAAGGAACGGGCCCCGGGCGAUGAGGAAAACGUGGAUGAGUUUGCUGAAUAUGAUAUUUGCCCUGGCAACGCUGGUCGGCGGAGGGCCGACUGAUGCUUCGUGGGCUGUCGAAGCACAGCGAUUCUACGAGCGGGCAAUGAGUUUGUGUGACACCACCGUCUUGAGCGGGACCAGCCUCGAACUAGGUGACAUGCCGCUGAUCCGACUACUUCAAUAUUUCCUGCUUCUCAUGCAAUAUCUCCAGGCCACGCAGAGCUCUGUCCAGACAAGCAACUCUCUGGGACUUGCGGUCAGCACUGCCAUGCGCAUCGGGCUUCACUCACCUCAAGCCUCCGCCACGUUUCCGCCCUUGGAAAGAGAAAUGCGCAAGCGGACGUGGUUCAUGUGUAUCAUCAUGGACAGGACCUUGAGCAUGACUCUGGGUCGACCCGCCACUAUACCACAUAACUACGUGCGGAUCCAAUAUCCCGCACCUAUUGAGCCGGCUCCAGCCAUAGACAAACUGACCGAGUAUAGUAUGGCCGUAUUCAUCGCAACCAUGUAUGUCCUCGUCACCGAGAACACCACUUCAGUAAGGGAGAAGACUGACCUUGCGGGAUUUCUACCGCCGUCCAGCAAGCUCUAUCAGAUCAUGUGGAAAGUCAUUGAUCAGCAAUAUAGCCAGAACCUCGGCUUCGACACAGUCCCAUCUGUGCUAGAUGUCAUCUCCCCGCUGUCAUCUCUUGACAAUGAGAUUCGCGACUGGGAUCGAUCAUUGCUUCCCGAGAUGCGGACAACCGACUCAAGCCAACUGCCCGACCUCACCAAGUCGCAAGACCCUACCGAUCCCGCCUGCCCGCUGCUCAGGUUCAGGGUCAUCUUGACCAUGCGCUCGUUGAAUCUAACGAUCCUUCUGCAUCGACCCGUUCUUUUGAAAUACUUUGAGCUCAGCAAUUCCUCCGCGAUCGACAUGAAAGAGCUAAUUCUGCUCAACAGACUGGGCCAGCACAGCAUCGAGGUCUGCUUCCGAAGCGCUCAGGAGAUCAUCGCGAUCGUCGAUGGCCUGGUCCAAGACGAGGUUUCAUCUCGGCAUCUGAACGCAUGGUGGUUUACUUUGUACUAUACGUUCAAUGCCGCUCUGGUUCUCGCCGGCAUACUCCUGGUGUGUCAAGACCCUACCUUUGCAAACGCGGAUGCUCCUUCACGGUCUUCGUGCAAGGAAGGCCUCGAGCGCGCAGUGUCGGCAUUGUCACGUCUCGACCCGAGGGGCAAUAUGGUCAUUGAGCGCUGUCGCGAUUACUUGCUCCGAUUGAUAGCCGCUGUCGAGACACUGAGCUCUGAAGCAUUCAAAUAUCACGACUUCAUGGUCCCAUCGCUGCGCGAUACGACAUCGAGCGGUCACACGGCCGUUUUUGCGCCGCCGGCGCCAGGACCGGCUGUCGACUACUCGACCGGUGCACUUUUCGCACAACAGGUCGAGCAGAGCGGUUAUCGCGACGCCCGGGAUGGAGGCAUCUCGGGCCAGGGCUUUAGAAGUGGCAACGGCGUCGGUGGUGUGCAUGGGAGUUCGACCGACCCGCACCUGGGUGAUCUCAUGACCGGGGAUGAUCUGGGGUUCCUGGACUUCCACUUUGCACGCAAUGGCUAG